AAGAAGCCCUUCGUCUAUAAUUUUCUUGAUGUAAUGACGAGUGCUUGUCCAUCUCGAUAUCCUUCAUCUCUAAUUCCUACUAGAACUUAUUGAAAUAAUUUUAUACGUAAAGAUAAAGAAAAAGCAAAGAGUAUGGCUUUGAGCUUUGAAGAAUCGAAUGUGAUGCACGCAUUACUAACGUCGGAGCAACGGCCAAUGAAUGAACUCGUGGGGGAAUUCAGCUCCAAAUUUGGCCGCCCUCGCUUUUUCGCUGUCUGCAAUUCUCUCGUACUUCUCUUAGAGGAUAGAAGAAUGCUCAAGUCUACUGAACGUUUAAUUGCAUUUGCUAUUCUUCAUCAGACUUAUUCUUCCCAGCCAACUUCUGUGAACCCAUUUAUAUCUUAUAUUGUUAAUGCAGCAUGUGAUGAUGAGGCUGAAAAAUGUGAGAGGGCAUUUAUUCUCCAGUUGCUGGGCUCUGGAGGCUCUAAUGGUGGCAAAGAGUUUCUUGAACAGUCUGCUGCAAAUUACAUCAAAGUCUUUGAUUCUUCAGCUCAUGCUUUUCCGCAGUAUGAGCAGUUGCAGCAACAAUACUGUGAUAAGGUCCAUUCCGAACAGUAUAAUUCCUUUUUUAAAAAUGCUGCAGUGAAAAAUGUAGUGCCAGAUCCUGAUUUACCCCAAAGCUGUGAUGCAAAUUCGCAAGAGUUUGAUUUGCAACCUGGUGCCAAACCUAAAAUUGGAUCUGGAGAUCGAGAUGAGACUCUCACCGAGUUGUUGCAGCACUUAUCUCUGGAGGGAUUAGGUCCUCAGUGGAUCAGGCCUCGUCCGCCAAUGUUGCCAAUACAAGAUGGUGAGCUAGUAUGGAUCAACCCUGACAACAAUCAUGAGCUCUUGUGGGAUCAUGGUAUGUGUGCGGAUACUAGCAGGGGUGCAGCUGUUAGGGACUUGAUUACAAAGGCUUUGAAGGGACCACUGGCUCCUGCACAGCAAGAGCAAGUCGUGGUGGAGUUGUCAAAAGACCCAAAGCUUGUGUAUCACUGUGGAUUGACACCAAGGAAGUUACCUGAACUUGUGGAGAACAAUCCCUUAAUUGCGGUUGAAGUUCUUACUAAGUUGAUAAAUUCUCCUGAAAUUGCUGACUAUUUUACUGUACUUGUCAAUAUGGAGAUGAGUCUGCAUUCAAUGGAAGUUGUUAACAGGCUUACAACAGCAGUUGAACUUCCAAAGGAAUUUGUACGCAUGUACAUAACAAAUUGUAUUUCAUCCUGUGAAAAUAUUAAGGAUAAAUACAUGCAGAACAGGCUUGUGAGACUUGUUUGUGUUUUCCUGCAGAGUUUGAUUCGGAAUAGAAUUAUUGAUGUUAAGGAUCUUUUCAUUGAAGUCCAAGCUUUCUGUAUCGAGUUUUCCCGAAUUAGGGAAGCAGCUGGCUUAUUUAGGCUUCUGAAAACCUUGGAGUGAAUGGUCCAAGUCCAACCUAUUCUUGUUCCCCCCCACUCCUUUGGUUCCCUUGCACCAGGCAGUUGUUUUUCUUUCUUUUCAUUUUAGACCACCUAAUUUUCUUUUACCUUGUCAGAUUAUGAGUCAUUUGGACCUUUUCCUGUCCCUGUUUGGAAAGAAACGGAAGGAGAAAAAUAUAUAAUAGAAAGUUGUACCUUAGCUGUCUUAUUUUAA